UCGAUUGACGAUUGUAUGAAAACCAUAUCACACUACAUCAUACACAACCAAAUUUUAGUUAUGAUUAGUGCAACAAAACAUAUUGUAUCAAAAACAAUACAAUGUUUGGCAAUUAUAAUUCCUAUAUUAAUACCAGCUGUACAUAUAUUUAUACUUGAUAAAUUCUGGAGCGAUUAUACAUACAGUGUCAAUAAGGAACAUUGUAGAUGUUCUUGUUGGGAUACAGUAUUCAAAGGUCCUUAUGAGGCUGGUAUUGCAAGGUACAAACAUAUGUACUUUAAUGCCACUGAUAAUACAUUCAAAAUGUGGGCAUUAACUGUUUGUUGUAUAAUUGUAUUGUAUGAAUGUUUUAAAAGCAUUAUUAAGCUAUUUAUAGACAAGCAAUUACGGUUUAAAAUGACAUUACUUUUCAUUCUGUCAUUAUUUUCACAUUAUUACUCUUGGUGGGGAUUUAUAAACUACUGGAAUGAUGAUUUCUAUUCACAAUGGAACCACCAAAUAUUUUUCACGGUUACAGAAUUGUAUUCAACAAUUAUAUUGUAUAAAAUAUGUGAUCGUAAAAGAGAAAUAAAAAAAUGUUAUAUGUUAUCAGUGAUCACGAUAGGUCUUAUUCAUAUGAUCGCUGCUGGAUUUGAUCAGUUUGUUGUAAAUGUCAUUGGAGGUAGUGGAUUUGCCCAUCAAAUUAUACGUGAUUUGUUUUUGAUGAUACCCGAUGUAUUGAAUAUAGUUAUAUCUAUACUUGAAUUGCAGAAAAAACGUAAAGUUAUGAUAAGUUAUUAUGGAGAUGAAACUAGUAGUACUAAAGAAAUAGUAUUUUUGGUCAUAAUAGUAAUUUCUGGAUUAAUUAUUGUGUCCAUGUUAUAAUUGUUUUAAGAAAUUAUAUUUUUUAUUGAUUUUUA